UGUCUCUAUCUCUCUCUCUCUCUGAAGUUCCUCACUCUCUCUUUCUCUCUCUCUCUCAGCGUGUGCCUGCAGGAAAAUGGCCGAGGCCAGUAUUUCAGUAGAUCAGGACCAGUUCAUCUGUCCAGUGUGUCUGGAUCUCCUGAAGGAUCCGGUGGCUAUCCCCUGUGGUCACAGUUUCUGUAAGGUGUGUAUCAAUGGCUGCUGGGAUCAGGAGGAUCAGCAGGGCGUCUACAGCUGUCCUCAGUGCAGAGACACUUUCACUCCAAGGCCUGUUCUACGCAGAAACACCAUGCUGGCUGAAGUGGUGGAGAAAGUGAAGAAGACUGCUCCUGCUCACUGUUACGCUGGACCUGGAGAUGUGGAGUGUGAUUUCUGCAUCGGGAGAAAACGCAAAGCCGUUAAGUCCUGUCUGAUAUGUCUGGCUUCCUCUUGUGAAACUCAUCUUAAACCUCACUAUGAAGUUCCUGCUUUGAAAAAACACAAGCUGGUUGAAGCCAUAACACAGCUAAAUGGGAACAUCUGCUCUCAACAUGACAAACUGAUGGACAUCUACUGUCACACUGACAAAAGCUGCAUCUGUUAUAUGUGUACUGUAGAUGGACACAAAGGUCACGACACUGUCUCAGCUGCAGUGGAACGAUCUAAGAAACAGUAUGAGGUAGGAGAAGUGCAGGGGAAAUCCCAGGAGAGAAUCCAGGAGAAGCAGAAGAAGGUGCAGGAGCUGAAACAGGCUGUGAACACUAUAAAGUCCCGUACACAGACAGCAGUGGAGAACAGUGAGAGGAUCUUUACUGAGCUGAUCAACUCCAUGGAGGAAAAGCGCUCGGAGAUGACGGAGCUGAUCAGAGCUCAGGAAAAGGCUGAACUGAGUCGAGCUGAACGACUCCUGGAGCAACUGGAGCAGGAGAUUGCUGAUCUUCAGAGGAGAGUCACUGAGCUGGAGCAGCUUUCACACACACACGAUCACAUCCAUUUUUUCAAGUGCUUCCAGUCCCUCUGUGACCCUUCUGGGUAUAAAGACUCACUCAGCAUCACCAUCAAUCAUCAGCCCUCAUUUGAGAGAGUACAUAAUUAUUUGUAUGAUGUGAAAAAGCGACUUGUGGAAUUCUGCAAUAGUGAAUUCUAUAAAAUCCAUCCACAUGUUGCAGCAGUUCACCUGCUUUUAACCUCAGAGCCAAGGACCAGACAAGAGUUUAUGAAUUAUUUCUGUCAUCUGACUCUGGAUCCAAACACAGCACAUCGUAACCUCCUUCUAUCAGAAGGAAACACAGUUGUCACAGGCAGUGAGACGGAACAGCCGUACUCUCUACAUUCCUAUUCAGCUAAUCCUUCAGAGAGAUUUGACUACUACUGGCAGGUGUUGUGUAAUCAAAGUCUCAAUGAAUGCUGUUACUGGGAGGUGGAGCGGGUCAAUAAGGGAUAUUUAGAGAUAUCAGUCUCGUAUAAAGACAUCAGCAGGAAAGGAGAUGGUAUAGAGUGUGGGUUUGGAUACAACAAUCAGUCCUGGAGUCUGGUGUGUUCUUCUUCCACUUGCUAUUUCUGUCACAAGAACAAAAAGACUGAGCUCCGAGUUCCAUCACCUUCUAAAGUGGGAGUGUAUGUAGAUAAACGUGCAGGAAUUCUGUCCUUCUACAGCGUCUAUAACACAACGACACUUCUCUACAGAACUCACACCAAAUUCUCUCAGCCUCUAUACGCUGGCUUUAGGGUGGGUUUGAGAUCAACCAUGAGGUUAUGUAAUCGGUCUUGUUACUACUGAGACCAAAUAUCCAUGUUUGAACAAUUGAAUCAAUUUUAUAGUUAAUCAAUAUAUGCAUAUUUAAAAUAUGGUAUUAAUAAAUUAAGUAUUAAAUGUGUAAAUUAAUAUACUUGUUAAUUUGUAAUUAAUGCACUACUCGAUGCAAAUUUGUAAGACAAAGGCCAAAGAAUUUGUUUAGUUGCAGUGCAUAAUUCUCAAAAUCAAGCUAAAUUCAGUGUCCACAUUUGGAUGUGUUUACAACUAACCAAAUUUAAAAAAUACCAGCUGUUACCCUAAAAUACCAUCCAUCCAUUUUCUGUACCACUUAUCCUACACAGGGUCAUGCACAGCCUAGAGCCUAUCCCAUUGCAGGGCACAAUUGCACACGUAUUGACACACUACGGACAAUUUGGAAAUGCCAAUCAGCCUACAAUGCAUGUCUUUGGACUGGGGAGGAAACCCCUGAAGCACAGGGGACGGCGGUGCGAGGCGACAGUGCUAACCGCUAAGCUGCCAUGCCCUCACCCUAACAUACCAUUCUGUGGAAAUUAGCUUGUUUGGGACUUGUCAUUUUCAGGGGGAAAAAUUAAACAGGAUUGGUGUUCUGGCAUGAUUUCAAAUGUAACUAAUUAAAAAUCAGGUAACUAUAUGACAAAUUGCUCUGAAAGACAACCACCCAACAGCUACCAGCUACACUAACACCUCCUGACCCUCAUCUUGCCCAAAACUGGCCAGUAGCUCAUAUUUUCCUAUCAAUUGAUUAACUGUUCAAUAAAAUCUUACUCUUUCUUCUGAAUGACAAAAUAACUUUGCAUUGCAUCUGUUAAAAGUCUGUUUGAAGAAAUGUAAACCCAUCAAAAGGAGCUACAUAUCUGCAUUGACAAAUACAGUAAUACUGUAAGCACUCUUCCGGCACUGCUAAAAAAUAUCUUAGUCAGUAAAAAAAAUUGCUGAAUAUUGGCAAAUUUAUCUCAUAUUUCUCAUUAUUAGUAUAUUAUUAAACAUAAGCAUGAAAUUCAUACUAAUGUCAUUAAGAAUUUAAAAACAACUUCAUGUUGUGAGAACAAAAACAGACCAAACAGCAACACAAAACAUUUCUUGGCCAAUAACCUUCACAGUUUAAUGAACAGAAUUGAAGUAUUUACAUAAGGCAUAAAAAACACUUUGAGACAUGCUGUUGUAGAAAAAUAAUCAACGGCGGGGUGGUCUGGUGAUGUGGAGCACUACCCUGAAGUUGAUUAUUUCCCUAUAAUAGCAUGUUCCUGAGUAUUUUAUUUCUCUUCUACAAAAAUAUGCAGCUUGUUACUGAGAAACCGCAAAGUGUAAACACCUGCGUCCUGAGGAAACCUUAAAGUUACAGCAUCACCUCUGACUGUUACAAAGAACUGACACUGGAGACUCCUUCCAUAA